AUGUUUGUGCCCAGGGUGCCCACGGUGGUGUCUCUGGGCCAGCUGGACGACGACAGCGCCGCGAUUGACAGCGGGCCGCUGUCGCCGGACGCGCCUGUGGCGCAGUGCGCCCACGUGCGCCUGCCCAAGGUUUCGUUCGCAUUCCAAGAGGGGCGCCAUUGCCAGCGUGUGAGGUCGUUCGGCGAGCUCCGGGAUCUUGAGGACUGGGAGAAGCGCAGGCCAGACAUCACGGACGUCCUGCAACCCCCGACGGUAUCCAGUGACGAUGAUCUGUCCGCGGCGCCGGUGGAUCUCCCUGAGGCCUUCGCACCAGCCGACGAGCCCAAGAGCCUGAUGGAGGAGACGCUACUGGGCCUGUGGGAGAUGUGCGCGGAGAGCGGGCUGUUUCGUUACGACGUGACGGCAUGCGAGACGAAGCCUGUGCCGGGGCUGUACGGCUUCGUCGCCCAGCUGAACGAGGGCAGGGCCACGAAGAAGAGGCCAACGGAGUUCCGCGUCGACCAGGUCGUCCAGCCAUUCGAUGAACAGAAGUUCAACUUCCUGAAGGCACGUGUGAAGGAAGUGCUGUUUCAGUUCGAUGCCGAAGCCAGCGGUGAGACGAUCUUUGAGGAAGACUCUGCCACGGGUGCCAACCCUGGCCUUGUGCUCAUCAACAUUAGCCCCAUCGAGUAUGGCCACGUCUUGCUGGUCCCACGAGUGAUGGAUCGCCUGCCACAGCUGAUCACAGAGGACUCGAUGCUCCUGGCGCUCCAGUUUGCUGCAGCAGCUGAGAAUCCAUACUUCAGGGUCGGCUACAACUCGCUGGGAGCAUACGCAACGAUCAACCAUCUGCAUUUCCAGGCCUAUUUCCUAUUGGCUCCAUACCCAGUCGAGAGAGCCCCGACCAUGCCUUUGGAGCCAGCCAACUCGAAGCACCCUGGUGUGAAAGUGGCGCAGCUUUCUGAAUAUCCUGUCAAAGGCUUUGUCUUUGAAAUGUCCUCGGACUUGCAAGAGAUGGCAGGCGUGCUUGCACGUGCAUGCACAUACAUGCAGAGGGCCAAUAUUCCACACAACUUGCUGAUUUGUGACUCUGGGGCAAGAGUGUUCCUGUGGCCUCAGUGCUAUGCGGAGAAGCAGGCCAAGGGAGUUGUCGCCGAAGACAUCCUCUCAACUGGGGUGGACCCUGCUGCCUUCGAAAUUGCUGGCCACGUGGUGCUGAAGAACAGGGACGACUAUGACAACAUGACCGAAGCAAGGGCUUGGAGGAUGCUCUCGGAGGUGUCUGUGGCUGAAGAGCGCUUUCAGGAAAUCGCGAGGCAAUGUCUCGAGUGA